UCGUAUAAACAUACGCGCGCAGUGUUUUGCAGUGUUUCUAAUUGUUUUUGUUUUUGUUUUUUAUUUGAACUUUGUUUUACGAAGAUGCAUUGACAAAGCAUUCGUACAUGGACGAGAAUACGAUGCAGCUACAAUUGCCAAGUAGCGUAGCAUAUUGCGGAUGGUAGCGUGGUCGAAUUACCAUCAGUACCAUCAAGGCCAGACGAGCGGUCAGCACAAGAUCGCGUACAAUUCUAAUUCGGCGAGCCUGAAGAUUUCCCAGAGAUCGGGCGGCUGCCUCGACAAGAAUCCAGGUUGCUACAAGUGUCCGAAGUGCGGCAAGAGUUACCGUUGGCUUAGGAACAUGAAGAACCACCUGAAGAUCGAGUGCGGCAAGGAUCCGAAGGAGUGCUGCCCUUACUGCCCGCAUCGCACGAAAUACAGGAGCAGCCUGCACAAACACAUCCUCAGGAUCCACAUGUGCUAAUCUCGCGGACGCGGUUUAUUAGCUGUCCCAUCGUUGUACAUUGAAUCGAUAGUUACCAACGGCACUAGUUAUUAAUCGCACAUUCGUACUAGACGAUAUCAAUUAUUAUUUAUUGAUUGAUUAACUUGGCGCACAGUUGAAGCACACUAUUGCUGUUCGUAAUUAUUGCUCGUUGUAAAGUCGAAAUCACAGUGGCGUUGUUAAAUAGCUGAUCAAGUUUGUUGUGCGGUUUCUUUUUUCUGUACCUUGUUUAACGUCCUCGGAAGUUUCUGCAAAACGUGAUGCCAUUUUGAUUGUUAAUCGAUGUUUAACGAUGAUGUUUGCAGGGAUGCGGAACAAUCAGUCUGCCAUUUGGUAUGUGAGAGAUCUCAAAGAGCAUAUGUAAUCGAAGUGCGGUAUGCCGUUACGGCAAUGCUUGUAUUGUCAAUAUACGACCAAGCGAGCAUGGAACCUGAAGAGGCGCAUCGAGAAAUGUUAUUUGUCUUGAACAAUAUCUUUUUUUAACUUUGAUAUAUAGUUUUUUUUAUAUAUUUUAUAUAUAUUUUUUGGCAUAGUUUU